AUGGCACAGUCUUCGGGGACAAUCGACAUCUCCGCAUGCGCACACUGUCUUUCAGGUCGACAACACAAGGGAGACGCGAAACACUUGCAUGCACGCCAUUUGGUUCCCGUGAAAUCUUCUCGCCUCUUCUUCGUCCUUCUCUCGCGCUUUCUUCUCUCCUCUUUCUUGUCUUUUCACAUCCAACGAACUUCCGCCACAUUCUGUGCCGGGGAAGAGGAACUGGAAAUCUCCUCAGGUUCUCGUGCUUGUGCGUGCACACCGCGCCGAGACACCCAACUGGCGAACUCCUCAGAGUCUCGGCCUCGCGAAGACAGCCUCGACCUCCGGCUGGACAAGGAGACGCUGGAGGCUCCCCUUCUCCGCGCCCAUGCUGCCGUCCUGCCGAUCCCGUCGGCUCCGCCUCUGCGCGCAAGCCCCCAGGGUCCGACGCCGGUCGUCUGCGGCAGCGUCCAGAAGCGUCUCCUCGUCCUCCACGACGAUCCGAACGUGAAGGAGAACUUCAAGAGCCUUCUGCAGCGUCUGAAAGAUCAAAACUUCGACAUAUCGACGGUCAGCUUCCCGCUGUCGAGUGGGCGGAAGGCGUCGCUUCUCUUCAGCCACCACGGCGAGCAUCUGUUCACUCACGUUCUUCUCUUGGCGACGAACCACCGCAGCCUCAGUCGAGAGCUCGCUGCGGCCCUCACGACCUUCUUCACCGCUGUCGAUCCCGACUUCGAAGAAGCGCAGGCGGCCCGGGCCUACGCAGCUGCCUCAGCUUCUUCUGCUGGCGCCGACGCGUGCCCCCAGGCGCUGAAGGCUCGCAAUUUGUUCUUGGUGGUGUCUCCGACGGCCCACACGACGGUCCACGCAUUUGUAGAGACCCUUAUGGGCGUUCGGGAGGCGCGAGGUACGGAAGGUUCGAACGGCCGGCCGGGGCUCGUGGCGGACUUCUUCAACGCCUACUCCCCGUUGCAGGGGACUUUGGAGAAGAAGGACGCGGCCGGACAGAGCGAUGAAAACGGAGACGCGAGUCUCUUUGUCGCCAUGAACUUGCUCGCCGACCAACCUCACGUUGUCGAGCCCCUCGAAGCAGAUGAGAUUCUUCUCUUUCGUGGAGGCGCUCACUACCUACCGGCGCCGUCUGGGAGGUCCCGCAAGAAAUCCAGCGAACGAGAGAUCCAUGAACUCGAGCAACGUUUCUCCGUGCUUCGAGCUCCAGAGACUGCCUUUGUCCUCCCUGCCUCCGGCGAGACACCGGCUUCCCUGGGGAAGGGAGACAGAAAAUCCGGAGGCGAAGACGAGUCCCUUCUCUUGGGGGCUGAACUUUCGCUCGGCUCUGCUCUGCAGACGCAGAGCGGCGGCCGCGCCACUCUCCUUAGCAGCGGCGAGUUCUGCUCCGAUAAAUUUUCACGACUCGGAAGUGAAAAAAACAUCGAGGACGGGAAGAAGAAAAUCGCGAAUCUGCGUGUGUGCGAAGAGCUUCUUCUCUGGACUUUCAACCGUCGCGGCGUUCUUCGGUGGUCGAAUUUGAAGCAUUUCAAGCCUGGGGAAACGGUUUCGCCUCACAUGUACAGAAUGAAGGAUGACAUCGUCUUCAGUGUCGACCUUCAUCAGCUCGAAAACGGCUUAUGGCAUCCAUUCUAUGCCACCGACGUUCAAGUCGAGUUUGUGAUGCUCGAGCCGUUUCUUCGCUUCUUUCUCGAGCCUCCUGCGUCGCGUCAGUCGCCCACCUUCUCGCGUGUCUUCCAGGCUCCAGAUCGCUACGGCGUUUUCAAGUUCGUUCUGCACUACAACCGCAUCGGUUUCUCCCCUCUCCAUGUUGAAUCGUUGGCACCUGUCAGAAAUUUCAAGCACAACGACUUCCCUCGCUUCUUGCCCUGCGCACUGCCUUACUACGGCUGCUCCCUCCUGACAUUGAUUGGUCUGAUCGUGUUUGCGGUCCUUUUUCUUCUCCACCGAGACAAGCGCUUCUUCUCGCCUCCGGCCGCACCCAGCUCCGAAACGCCGGGCGAGAACAUUCAGAGGACACAGCUCAAGAAAAAGGAAGAAACGAAAGUCGCUUAAUCGAUAAGAGCGACGCGCGUGAGUGCAGAUACUGCCGCACACGAGGCGGCGUUGGUGAACGUCUCUUUCGACAUCCCAACGAUUUCCUCGCCACAUGCAAGAGAUGGCUUCCAGCCGUUGGAGCUGGAUGUGAGCUCUGUUCGUUUCGUCUCUCGUUUCCGUCUCUGCAGUGUUGCACAGAGGGGAGCCGUUCCUUCGCCUGGGCGUUUCAUUUGCAGUCCUUAGCCGCUCGGUUGUCCGAGACGGCAGCCUUGUCGUGUCUGCCACAGGACGCAGAGUCCGGUAAUCUUCUCAACCCCCCUGUGUGCGAGAAUCGCGAGGAAGGAGACAACAGGAACGACAGACGC